AUGCGAGAGUGGGUCGAGCAGAAACUUAUUCCCCAUGUCAGUGAGUGGGAACAGACUGCCAGUAUUCCAGAUGGCGUUUAUAAAGAGGCAGCUACGGCAGGGGUGCUGAUGCCUGUGGCUUCCGGCGCCAGUAUCAUUCCAGAGUGGCGAGGCAAAUAUCCUGUGAUUGGCAAUGUGAACCCCGCGGAAUGGGAUGGUUUCCACGAUCUAAUCCUCCAUGAUGAGUUCGGACGAGUAGGUGGGGUCGGAGUAGAGAACGGCUUGUUAGGCGGCACGACACUUUGCACGCCUGCCCUUCAAGCUCACGGUACCGACAAGAUCAAGAAUGUUGUCAUUGACGAAAUCCUGUCAGGAAGGGCCCGUGUCGCUCUUGCCGUCACGGAGCCCAACGCUGGAUCCGACGUGCAAGGCUUGGAAACCGAAGCGCAAAUGUCCUCGGACGGUCAAUUCUUCAUUGUUAACGGGCAGAAGAAGUGGAUCACCGGCGGUAUGUACGCCACAUAUUUCAUGACACUAGUCCGGGAUCCUAGCGGUGGCUUCACCCUCCUGAUCAUCAAGCGCUCCGAAGGCCUGACUACCCGACAUAUAGUCAUGUCGGGGUCCAACGCAGCUGGCACAGCCUUCGUAGACCUCGACGACGUCCAAGUCCCACUAGACAUGGUUGUUGGAGAACGUGGAAAAGGCCUCCAGUACGUCAUGGCCAACUUCAAUCAUGAGCGCCUCUUCAUCGGCAUGCAAUCACUCCGGUGCGCACGAGUGUGCCUAGAAGACUCCAUUGAUUACGCCAUAAACCGAGAGGUAUUCGGCAGGAAGCUGGUCGAACAGCCCGUCAUACGAUUCAAGAUCGCCAACAUGAGUCGACAAACCGAAGCUCUUCAAGCCUGGUUGGAGACCCUGAUCUUCCAGCUCGAGCACCUGCAGCCUCAAGAACGUAUCUUCCUCCUUGCUGGCACGACUGCGCAGCUUAAAGCGCAUUCAGGCAUUGUGCUUGAGAAUGUGGUGCGCGAAGCUGUGCAAAUUUUGGGCGGCAUCGGCCUGACACGAGGUGGACGCGGAGAACGCGUCGAGCGUAUAUGGCGAGAUGUAAAGGCCAUCACAGUGCCGGGCGGAAGCGAGGAGGUGAUGCUCGAUCUAAGCGCGAGGCGGGCCUUGAAGGUGCACGAAGGGAUGAAAGCGAUGAAAUCGCACCUGUAA